CCACUGUGCAGCCCACUUUAGAAAUCAGUAUGAAGGAUUUAUGGAUAUGAAAUCAUAUUUUGAAACCGGGACACUGAAAAUGGCUGUGCUGGGGAAUAAGAGACAUUUUGUCAUAUGGUAAUUAAAAAAUUGGAUUAAAAAAAAAAAACUGUCAUCUUAUAGUACUUUGUAACAGCUGACAGUAGUUACCGGGAUGGAACACUAGAGGGCGAUGGCAGGUGCAGGGGAUCCUUUGCAGGGGACAAAUCUGCUUGCACACUUUUGCUACGAUGUCAACAUCUUCGUGGACUAACGAUCUCUGCAGGGAUUUCUUUGUGCUUCCUGUUAUACAGCCUAUGGUUAGAGUUGCUCAUCCUGCUCACAGACGAUCUUUGCGGCGCUCUCCUCUCAGCUGACUCGGUCCAGGACAGCUGCAGCCGCCAGGGAUGUUAUCGUGUUCCGAUCCACCCGAAAAGCGAUGAAUGAUUCGAGAACCAAGUGGACUGGACGGAGAGCGGCGGAGCUUCAGUUGACAUCGGGCUGCCUAGCUCCGACUGUCGGGCAGCUCCGAGGAUGGCGUCGAGGCUGAGCGGGGAUGGCAAGCCGCUCACUCCCCGUGUUGUCCUCGGUCCCGGCGUCCUGCUGUCCGUCCUGGCCGCGGUAGCCAUUUGUCACGGCUCCUGUAAUCACAGAGUCCCGUCUCCCGCGGAGGUCAUCCAUCAUGUGUAUUUGAAGCCUGAGCGUUUGACCAAGAGGAGCUCUCCGGAUGACCUGCAACUGAAGAUCAAGAUCAUCUAUGACAGCAGUGUUGACCAACUUCCAGCUGACAAGAGGAGGCUGGUGAAGGAUAAGCUGUUUCCUCAGGCCAUCGACUUCCUGCAGAGGGCUUUCAGUGUGAGGCGCAGGGUGGGACCCAUACUGCUCAGCAGACAAUGUGCAACCAACCAGUACAUGAGGAAGAGAGAUGACCCUCAUCGGUACUGCCAGGAGUCCUGUGCAGACGUCACUCGCUGUGGCCCCGUCAUCGUACCGCAUCACCACCUGCAGCAAUGCAAAGUCUGCAGUGAGUUUGGAAAGUCGUGUGGCCCCACAGGACCUCCAGAUGGCCCCGGAGUGGAGGGGUCGGACUUUGUGCUCUACGUCAGCGGCAUAACCACGGAGCGCUGCGGCCAGGAGAACAUAGUGGCCUAUGCUGCUUACUGCCAGCUGGAGGCGGAGCUGGAUAGACCCAUUGCAGGCUACGCCAACCUGUGUCCUACCAUGAUCUCCUCCCAGCCUCAGGAGUUUGAAGGGAUGCUGUCCACCGUCAAACAUGAGAUCAUUCACGCUUUGGGUUUUUCCGCCGGCCUCUUCGCCUUUUAUCACGACGACGAGGGCAAACCUCUGACUCCUCGCUUCGCCAGCGGCCUGCCCGCUUUCAAUGAAAGCCUGGGGCUGUACCAGUGGAGCGAGGCAGUGAUCAGAAGAGUCAGCAGGCUGUGGGACAUCCGAGGAGGGGUGAUGGUCCGGCACCAUGUGCACGUCAUGGUCACUCCCCGGGUCGUGGAAGAAGCCAGGAAUCAUUUCAACUGCCCCAUCCUGGAGGGAAUGGAGCUGGAGAACCAGGGGGGGGCCGGCACUGAACUCAAUCACUGGGAGAAAAGACUCCUGGAGAACGAGGCCAUGACGGGCUCCCACACCCAGAACCGGGUCUUCUCCCGGCUCACGCUGGCCAUCAUGGAGGACAGCGGCUGGUACCGGGCCAACUACAGUCUCGCUCAGAGACUGGACUGGGGGCGGGGCCUCGGCUGUGACUUCGUCAUGAAGAGCUGCAAGCUGUGGAUGGACAGGCAGAGACAGAGGCGACACGCUGCAACCCCCUACUGCAACACGGUGCGCGCCUCCCCUCUGCAGCUCACCUGCAGACAGGACCAGCUGGCUGUGGCCGUCUGCAACCUGCAAAAAUACCCAGAGAAGCUGCCACUGGAGUACCAGUAUUUUGACCAGAUCCCGGACGUGGCUGCAGACCAGCUCCCGUUUUAUGGGGGCGCCGUGGAGAUCGCAGACUACUGUCCCUUCAGCCAGGAGUUCAGCUGGCACCUGAGUGGAGAAUACCAGAGAAACUCCUACUGCAGAGUGUCUGAGAACCAGCCAGACUGGUGGAGGAAUUACGGCGCGGAACAGUACGGACCGGAUUCUGUGUGUCUGUACCAGAAGUCAGCCUUUGUGAUGGAGCAGUGCUACCGCAAGAUGACGUACCCUGACUGGGGAUCCGGGUGCUACAAGGUGUCGUGCACUUCUCAGGGCCUGGCGGUGUACGUCCAGGACCGCUCGUUCACGUGCACGCGGAAGGGUCAGCUGCUGAGCGUCAGCGUCCGGGUCAGCGACUGGGUUUACAACGGCGUCCUGGUGUGCCCCGCCUGCUCCGACUUCUGUGACAACUGCCCUCUCCCACACCAGCUUCUGCCCAUGAACAACUCCAGGAGCAACCCCAUUGAUCCGUGCUCCAGUUCUCCUGGUCUGGCCACCACUCUCUGGCUUCUUCUGCUCAACCUGCUCCCUCUAGUGGUCGGACUGCUUCUCUGCCACUACAGCUGAUGACACAUGCAAACACACAAACACACUAACGGUAGCUGAACUAUCCUCUGUACUGUAGUCCUUUAAGGAUGUGAGCUGGACAUUUUUCUCCACCUUCUGGCUUUAAGAUGAAAAAAGCCAUUUUUCUGAA